CUCAUUCAUUUUAUGCCAUUCUUUUAUCUCAGUAAUAUAACUUCAAGAGGGUACUAAAAGACAGAUAUUAUUGUUCUAAUAGUUGACAGAUUGGCACAAUGGUUGUUAAGGCAUCACCAUAGCAUCGCUAUGGCGUCGUUAUAGCGGUAAGGUGCUGGCAGGAGUUAGGGCGCGUCUGUCCCGCCUUACUGGAUUGAGUAUGGCGCCCGCCUUUUGCCCAAGGCUUCACUGUGGCGUCAAUAUUGCAUCCUGAGGAACUAGAACGGCUGAAGGUGAUGCCAUAGGGAGGUGGGGGCAUGGUUUUUGCCCAGUCUGGCCAAAACAGCACGAAAAUAUUGUGGCAAUGGGCCCUUGGCCGUGAAACAGGACAACAGAAGUGCCAAUUUUUCGGGUAAAAGGGGCCAUACACGCCAAACCCCACAAGAUCAGGGAGAAAGCAACACAAGAGAGAAUCGUUGGAGCCUUGCUGUAGCAAUCCAUCCCUGGCGAUUUUCUCCAUCCCUAGUGGCGAUCCCGUCUGCUGCCUGUGACGAUCCUGUUCUGCUGCUCUGCAACUGCGCUAUCAUCCUGGGCCUCUAUGGGCACAAAAUUGAGCGGGUGUGCUAUAAUUUCUUCUGUCCUAUUCCACCCUCUGAUUAGCUCUGUUUCUUGCUCUGCUUUACACUGAUUUUGUUCUGCUCCUUCCUCUGCUUUGAUCCUUGAUCCUUCCUCUGCUGCUCUGUUUUGGUCUUUCUUUCCCUCUUCUACAUCCCAUCUACUCUGCUCAUUCAUCUGCUACUAUGUGACUAUGUUGUGAGUUCAAGAAUGGUCAAGAACAAGUUGUUGAUCUUGUGGAUACCCUAUAAACCUUUCAUCUCCUAACUGAAGAAAAUCUGACUUAGGGUCUUCAUACCAAAAGUCUCUGAAGAAAGAUCUGGUUUCAUUCAUUUCUGUUGAUUUGGGCCAAUUUAAUCAGUUCUGUGCAGCUUUCAAAAAUUUUAAAGAUCCAGGCUCUCUAGCCUUCAGACGGGACUCAGUAGUCUGUCAGCUUCAGUCAAAUUUUGGAAAGAGAGAAAAUGGAUGACAGUGUAGAAAACUAUAUUAAUUUCCUAUCAGAUGAUUGCUUGUUUUCAAUAUUUAACAAGCUUGAAAGUGAAUCUGACAGGAAUGCUUUUGGCUUAACUUGUAAGAAUUGGUUCAAGGUUCGAAACAUUGCCCAAAAAUCAAUAAUAUUCCAUUGUUCUUUUAACCCUAAAGUAUAUAAGGAGUAUGCUGAUUGCCUUCCAAAGUUAUUGGCCCGCUCACCUUAUCUUAACUUGGUCUCCCUCGCUGGGCUAGCAGAGCUACCUGACGCUGCUUUGUAUCAACUGACAAUUUCUGGAGCAUCAUUGCACUCCCUUUCAUUCUACUGCUGCUCUGGUAUAACAGAUGAUGGUUUAGAACAAGUGUCAAUUGGAUGCCCUAAUUUGGUGAGUCUUGAACUUUACCGCUGCUUUAAUAUCACAGAUCAUGGUUUGGAAAAUCUUUCCAAGGGCUGCCAUGCUUUGAAGAGUCUUAACCUGGGUUACUGCGUAACCAUUUCGGAUCGAGGGGUUGCUGCAAUCUUUAGGAAUUGCCCUGGUAUUCGCACAAUUAUCAUAUCACAUUGCAGAGGUUUAUCCGGUGUUGGGUUUAGAGGUUGUCCAAGUACACUUUCUCAUCUAGAAGCUGAGUCAUGCAUGCUUUCUCCUGAUGGUUUGUUGGAUGUAGUGAGUGGUGGUGGACUGGAGUGUCUAAAUUUAUACAAUUUAAAAAGCUCAACUGGACUUGAUGUCCUGGAUAGAGUUGGCUAUGCAAAAAACCUCCGGUUUCUAAACCUCAAGAUGUGUCGUUAUCUUACUGAUGAUUCUGUGAUGGCAAUAGCUAGCGGGUGUCCGUUGAUUGAAGAAUGGAGCCUUGCUGUCUGCCAUGGAGUUCGCUUGCCUGGAUGGUUUGCAAUUGCAAUGUUCUGUAGCAAGCUGAGAAUCUUGCAUGUUAACCGUUGCAGAAACAUUUGUGACCAAGGUUUGCAGGCUCUAAGGGAUGGCUGUGUGUGCCUUGAAGCUCUGCAUAUCCAUGGAUGUCGGAAGAUUACUAAUAAUGGUCUGGCAUUAUUUCGCAUUGCAAGGCCCAAUGUGAAACAAAGGGUUGAUGAAGUCAUGUCAAUUGGCCCCUCCAUUGAGGAUUUAUUCCGAUUGCAAUGAUCAGAAAGUAAGAAAGUUCAGGUAGAGUUUGGGCUUGGCCAGUGGUAAAUCAUUGCAACCAGUAUUAUCAUUGCAAGUCAUAUCGAUUGGCUCUGCAGCCCCAUUAUGGUCAUCUAUUUUCUCAAGUGCAUACAUAUUUCGUUAUUAUAAGCAGGACCGUAAAUAUACAAAUGAGUUGUAAAAAGUCCGUUAGAUCCUGUGGUUAUUUGAGUGUUCUGAGCUUAUUAGCUGAUACAGAAGGCUGUAAAAAAGUGUUUUUCAUACAGUUUCAUAGCUAGUUUAAGCUUGUAAAUUUCUAUGCUUUAAAACAAUCGAAGGUUGAAUUGGAUAGAAUCACUGUGCAAUACUGUUGAACACUAUUUAAUUUGUCCGACUAUCAGAAUACCACCAUGGCUGAAAACAACU